AUGCCAAUCUGCUGGCCUUACACAUUGUUUUACUUAAGUAUUCAUAUUGUUGUCUUCUUCGUUAUUAACAAACGCUUGGUAGCUGGCCGUUUAUAUAUACCAAAUAAGAAUUUAACCAAUCAAACUGUUAUAGUUACAGGUGCAGCUUCAGGCAUAGGACGAGUUACUGCUCUUGAAUUAGCUAAACAACAAGCACGUGUUAUUGUUGGUAUACGUGGUCAAGAAAGAGCUGAACAUGUCGCUCAACAAUUAAGCAAAGAAUCUCAUGGAAACGUUAUUGGUUAUCAUCUGGAUCUAAGUGAUUUAGCAAGUGUCAAAGUAUUUGCUGAAAAGAUUGAUAAAGUUGAUAUUUUGAUUAACAAUGCCGGAGUUAACAAAAAACAUAAAGAACUGACUAACGAUGGUCUGGAAAGUACUUUUGGAACAAAUCAUAUCGGUCAUUUCUAUUUAACUCAACUUCUUCUUCCUUUACUUAUUCAAUCGAAUGGACGAAUUGUCAAUGUGAGCAGCAUUAUGCACAUCCUUGCUAAUGAAAACAUUGAUUUUUCAAAAACCAAUGCGUACAAUACUAUGCUAGUAUAUGCUGAAUCAAAAUUAGCCAAUAUCCUACAUAUUGUUGAAUUGCAAAGACGUUAUGGUGGUCGAGGCAUUAAGACCUACUCACUUCAUCCUGGCUUCAUUCGUUCAACUGAACUAACACGCGAGAGAACGCUACUUCAAGCAAUCUUAAUGAUCUUGUUUGCUAUUUCUUCGAAAACGAUUGCCCAAGGGGCAAUAACAACGCUGUAUUGUGCUUUGUCGGAUGAAGCUCAACCUGGAAAGUACCAUUCCAAUUGUCGAGUAGCACAACCUAGUCUAACUGCAUACAAUUCGAAAAAGGCUCAAGAACUGUGGGAGUUAACAUCACAUAGUAAACAAUCAUUUGAUGAAGUAAUUAAAUUUCGUUGUUAUUUUGAUAUUAAAGAAGAAAAUAUAGAUAAUAAAGGAAAUUUUACUUUACCAUUUGUACUGAGAUGUUUGGAUUUACUUCUUGUUCAAGGAAGUAAUGUUCGCGCUAGUGAUACACAAUUACUUGAUCUAAAAAUUUAA